GAACUUUUCAAAAAUAUGCUGACUUUUCAUUUCAGAACAUUUCUUGGCUGUUUGCUUUCAGUUAUAUAUAAACUAAAAACAGCUUCAGAGUUUAUUAAACAGAAGUGGCAUCGUAGAAAGUGUUUAAAAAUCGACGGCAAUUAAUUGUAUACCGUUACUCGGGUAUUACUAUUUGAAAAGUUAAGUGGUGUUUAUUUUGGAUAUAAUUGUGUUGGGAUUAAUAAGCCAGGAUCUGGAAAAUGGCUUGGAAAAGAUUUAUAAUUUAUUUAUCAAUUGCACUAUGUGCCAAGUUUGCUAAUGCGGAUAUUAUGGUGCAGUUAAAUAUUAAUCGACCGGUAAAUGAUGUAAGUGAUAAAUUUGUAAGUUUUACCAUGAAACCAGAGGAUUUGUAUGAAGCCUUGGAUGGUUCGCAUAGAAAAUCUAUUACGCGUAUGGCUUCAAUGUUAAGUCAUUCCCAUCUGAAGUUUGUGGGUGACUAUUAUUUUGCCACCAAAAAGAAUACAAAGCUGCGCAAUCCCACCAAGAUUGUCUGGAAGGGUUUCAAUAAAUGGACAAGAGCCCUGGACUGGACCAUGGUAAUACCGGUUCCUUACACUCCAAACGAUUGGGAUCCAAUGCAUUCAUUGAAAAUCUUAAAUAAUUCUCAAGCUGUGGGUAUUACUGAUUGCAUUUGGCAAUUGGGCACAGAUUUUGGAACAUCCGCUGCCACGGAUUAUGUUAACGAAUUGAAAACAUUCAAUUUAAUGGUGGAUUCAUUUAGGGAUGCCGAUAAUAAUUGGCAAAUUAUGGGUGCUGACAUUUCAUCCGGCAGUAGCCCAGAUGAAACACGUCGUUAUAUCGAAAUGUCUCGCAAUUUAAAUACCGCCUUUGGAUGGGUUGAAUCUCCCGACACGUUCCUCGGCAAUAGUUUAAGUGCCGUUCUCAAGGAGCAAGAUCCUGCUUUGAAGGUAUUAUUCAAAGAAAAGGUGCCAGUUUGGCUGACACUUCCCGAAAAUCAUAACUCUCUAAUGAUGUCCAUGAUGGACGAAGAAUUGAACGAGGGCUUAGAUUGGGCUCAAACAAUGGGUGAUGCUGCCCACGGUGGCUUUAAUACAAUAUUCAAACAUAUGUCCUUGUCUGAUUUGGAAAAUCCUAAAUUCAGUUUUUUUGUAACGGCGUUGUUUAAAAAAAUUAUGGGCUCUCGCGUGUUUGACGCCAAACCGCUGACAGGAUUGUUUGGACGCAACAACAAACUAUACACACACUGUGCCAAUAAUGUAUCAGGUGGUCUGGCCUUUAUGGUAAUCAAUAAACAAGAAAUGACCUUGACAAUCUCGGUUCGCUCAACAACUAAACUUCGUGAUACGGAAUUAUGGAAAUACGCUUUGACCAUGGACGAUGAUAGAGUUCUGCUGAACAAUAAGAGAGUGAAUAUAAAUUCGACACUACUACCAGAAAUAAAACGAAAAUCCGGACAAUCAUCGGUGCAACUGAAGACACCAGGGCUAUCGGUAACCUUUUUUGUUCUGCCCAAUGUUAACAUGGAACAUUGUGUAUUUACGGAAAUCGAAGAGGAGAACAUUUCUAACGAACCGGAAAGUGAAGAAAUCGAAGUAGAGAAAGUAAAAAGAUAUUCCUCCACAGAUCGUUUACUCAAGGAACUGAUCAAGGAGGCAGCCAGAACUCCUUUGGGUCGCAACAAAAAAUACCGUAGUAGACGUUCGUUGGAUGUGGUUAAUGAACGACAGAAAAGAUUCAUUUUAGAAGAUACCAUUGCAGCUGGCACUGAGGGUUUGAAGACCUUGGCAGAUAGUAUAAAACUUCCUGAAAACCUACGAUUUCCACUCAAACGAGAUGUGUUUACACCAUCGAAAAGAAAGCAAGCCAUGGAAUGGUUAGAGAAAUUAUUUAAUGAACCCCUAAAUAUGGAUUUACCUUUGUUGCGACGAACAGCGCGAAAUUCUGAUACGUAUAAUGGACCAUUUUUUAUGACUCGAGAUGGCAAAAAGACAGCCUUUGUCAAAAAGAUAACCGAAAUUAAAAAGCCCGACAAGAAGCUUAACAAACUGACCUUUGACGACUUGGAAUUCGAUGAAGAAAAAUUUUUUAAAAAUGUUGGCUUUCAAACGGAACCGGAUUAUAUAAAAAUACCCGAAGGUGAUGUAUUUCUGCAAAACAUAGCCAAUAUCAAUGGAGAUGACUUGGUGGAUGAAGAGUUGCAAAUAGAAACGGGAAAGCAAACUAGAAAUUUGGAAAAGUUUAAGACCAAUAAGGAUGUUGUCAGUGAAAUGAAGCCACUGCGUUUAUUGCCCACUGAAUUCUAUGAAGCAUUACCUCAACUCAGUUCUUCCCAGCCAAUAAUGGCAAAUAAUAUGAAUUUAGGGACUUCUUUAAAUUCGUUACUCUUUUCGGAGAACUACAAUAAACCUUUUGGAAAAGAUAAAGUGAAUGUAUUUGGUAAGAAUUUUGAAGAAUUGUUUAAUAAGGACGCCGAUUUCAAUGAAGAUUCUUUGAAAGAAAAUGCCGAGGAGUUUGCUCAAGCCCAAUUGAAAAUAAGUGAAAAGAACAAAGAAAGCCAGAACACUGAUGAAGAUAGUAGUGACGAAGAUUCCAAAGAAGAUGAACAAUCAGAAGCAUCCAAUAAGCCUAAGUCUACACCGUUCUCAAAUUUUAUGUCCGGUAAUAUUUUUGGAGAAACAAAUAAAAAUAACAAAAAUGGCGUGGAUGUCGAUGACGCCGAUCAGUCCACAACACCCAACAGUCAUGGCUUAGGAAAUGUUAAAACGAAAUUUGACGAAUUACCUUGGUGGGAUUUGUCACCCCUACGUUCUAAACGUUCAGUAGAUACAGAAACUCCGACUGAUCCCGUACACAAAAAUUUGGUUGACCAUGAUGACCAGCCCAUUGGUUCCGCUAGUAAUUUAUUCCCACGACGCAUGCGUGCCUUUGAACAUAAAGUCGAUGAAGCCGUACGCAGUACAAGAUCUGAGACGGAUAAUGAGAUCGAUUCUAUGGGAAAGAAAUUAAUGAAAACCUUUAAAGGUCAAGUAUCGAAAAUUGUUGAUAUUUUAUCGCAGCAUGUCAAUGAAUGGUACAGCUCAUUAACAAAACAAUUGGAAAGUUCAACGAAUGAAAUUGCCAACGAAGUAUAUCGUAAAUCUUAAAUAAAAUAAUAUUUUAUAAAUUAUGCAUUUAAUUUAUAUAUAUUUACACAUUAUCCAUAUUUAUUUUCUAUUGUCU